GAUGUUCGAAGCCAAGUUUGAAGAUGGUGUCUUAUUUAAAAAGAUUGUAGAAGCAAUUAAAGAAUUGGUUAAAAAUGUAAAUCUUGAAGCUAAUGGAACAGGAAUCUCAUUAUAAGUAUAAUUAAAAUUCAAUUAUUUUAAGGCUAUGGAUACAUCUCAUGUAGCUUUAGUUGCAUUAUAAUUGAAUGAGAAAGGAUUUAAAAAAUAUAGAUGUGAAAAAUCUCUUACUAUGGGUUUGAGCAUUGAGAAUUUAUAAAAAAUUUUGAAGUGUUCGGGAAAUGAUGAUUAGAUUACACUUAGAACUUAAGAAGAAGAACCUACAACAUUAUCAUUCACUUUUGAAUCAAAAAGUAUGUUAUAAAAUUAAAAUCAUUUUAGAUCGCAUAAGUGAGUUCUAAUUAAAUUUAAUGUCUUUGGAUUAAGAACAAUUAGGUGUUCCAGAUACUGAUUAUUCUUCAGUUAUCAAAAUGCCAUCCAAUGAAUUUACAAAGAUCUGUAGAGAGUUAGGAAAUAUUAAUGAAGCAAUUGGUAUUGAAACUUCAAAAGAUGGAAUAAAAUUUUAUGUGAAAGGAGAUAUUGGAGAAGGAUAAGUUUCAGUUAAAUCUAAUGAUGCUGAAAAGAAAGAGGAAAGAGUAGAAUGUGAUGUUGAUGAACCUGUGAAUUUAAGUUUUGCUGUUAGGUAUAUAAUACACAUUCUAUUUGCUAUAGAUAUUUCAAUUUAUUUAAUAAAGCAGCUGCAUUAUCACCUUAAGUCAUUUUAUCUAUGUCUCAAGAUUAACCAUUAGUGAUUGAAUAUUAAAUUGAAAAUAUGGGAUCAUUAAAAUUGUAUUUAGCUCCAAAAAUAAAUGAUGAUGAAUAAUAAUGA